AUGGAUUCAUCAUGUUUACGUGAUAAACUGGCUGCUCUUGAAGAAAAAGAUCAAAGUCAGCGAUUAAGCAUUUUUCAAGAGCUCAUUUUAAAACGUUAUGGCUUUAUUUUAAACGCUUGUGUAAGUUAUAAAGAUGAAAAUAUAUAUUAUGUGCAUCUUAGUGGUGGCAUGCUUGUUUAUAUUAUAUCUGAUGUAUAUAAUGUGCAUCGUAAUCGUCGAUCAAUGCGUGUUGCAACCAAUGGAACUACGGAUAGUCAAUUAUCACCACUUGAUUGUGGUUUUUAUUGGUGUUGGAAUUUUUGCUUAGGUAAAAAAUGGCGAAGUUCUCAGACUGGUGAAGAAAAAUAUCAGGAUAUUAUGUUGGCUGAUUUUCGUGCUUUUUGUGCUAAUGACAAGAAUCGUUUACUCAAUUUUUGGAAUGAAGCUAAUGAAAUAGCGAAUAUAAAAAUGACUGAAAAUCAACAGCAAAAAGAACAAUAUGGUGAUAAUUAA